AUGCCUGAAUCAGCCUCAGCGUUGCUCGCCAUUGCUAUGAUGACCUCUGGGUAUUUUGCCAUACUUUGUGCCACGCCCCCAAAUCCGACCCCAGAGAAGAAAAAUCGACACAGUAUAGAUCGCAUCAGCUUCAUUUCAGGGACGUUCUCGACGGUUGCCCGCCGAAUUUGCGUAACUCCUGUCAUCUACCAUGGCUUCCUCGCAGGUGUUGCGCAUUACGCCCCUGCUCGCAUGUCGCAAAUGUGCCCGCUAGCCCGGAACACCAAUCCGGAGCUCUUCGCUUGGAAUCAACUAUCGUUCACCGCGCUCCUCUUGAUGUACGUUGGUACAUAUGUCCGCCUCUCUGCUUAUGGCGGUCUUGGCAAAUGCUUCACGUUCCAUCUUGCGCCGCCCCCUCAUUUGGUGACGACGGGGAUCUAUAGCUGGAUUCAGCACCCUAGCUAUACAGGACUAGCAAUGAUAUGCCUAGGAGGUGCGAUGUUGUUCCUUCGAUGGGAUGCAACUCCGGCCUGCUGGAUUCCAGGAUCGGUAUUAUCUCAAUUGGAAGGGUUGGGAGUUGGCAUCAGCGUGGCAGUUAUGGGAGGUGUCUUCUGGACUUUGGCAGUAAGAGUACGAGAUGAGGAGGAUAUGCUGAGACAAAGGUUUGGGGGGAAAUGGGAGGAAUGGCAUCGCUCCACCUGGAGAUUCAUUCCCGGUCUUAUUUGA